UCAUAAUAAAAAAGGAAAACGUCGUUCUAUACAACUGUUCAUCACUACUUGGGUCACCGAACAAACCCUCUCCUUCUCCGUCCAUAAAAACCACCGAGAGUAGAAGUUCCGCCGGCACAAAUUUCGAGAAAUUUUUUCCGAUUUUUGUUUCACAAAAUCUUCGAAAUUCCGUUAACGCUUUUGGUUUGAUAACAACAGAUAAUUGUCAUCAUUCUGGAGAAUGAUCUUAGUGGAAAAAUGUGUUAUUAAUUCUGAAGGCAAUGAGAUCUCAGAGGCAUCUAAAAUGAGCAAUUUAACUGGUGCAAAGACUGGAACCAAUCUUCCAAAUCAAUUGGAAGUUGUUCUAUGUCAAGAUUCAAAUGGAAGAUUGGAUGGGCUUGCCUCCACAGUUAAUUGUGAUUAUACUUGUCAUAGUGAUGGACAAUCGGAGGUGGUGUCACAACUUUGUACAAGAGAUGCAGAUGGGGUCUCCGGUUUGAAUACUGGUCCAGCUGCUACAACUAAAAAUGCUAAUUGCGAAGGUGAGGACAUGUACAAUUUUCAGUAUAAUUUUGAUGAGGAGGAGGAUGACAGUGACUGGGAACCAUCAGAAAAGCAAAUGGAAGUUCUGAAGUGGUUCUGUGUCAAUUGUACAAUGGCCAAUGUCGAGGGUAUUGGAAAUUGUGAAGUAUGCGGAGAACACAGAGAAUCUGGGAUACUUAAGCAUGGAUUUUUCGCAUCUCCAUAUCUGGCUAUAGAUGAUGUCAACCAAGAUGAGUUGCCUGUAACUGAAAAUUGUGAAGAUUCAUGCAAGCAAAGUUGUUUAUCAUCCUCCACUGCUGUAGGGUUUGACGAGAGGAUGUUGCUUCACACAGAAGUUGUAAUGAAGUCUCAUCCACACCCUGAGAGACCAGACCGCCUUCGAGCCAUUGCAGCUAGCUUUGCUACAGCAGGUAUAUUCCCGGGGAAGUGCUAUCCUAUUCCUGCAAGAGAAAUUACAAGGGAAGAACUUCAGAUGGUCCACUCCGAGGAGAAUAUUGAAGCCGUUGAUAUCACCAGGCGUAUGCUUGCCAGUUAUUUUACACCUGAUACAUAUGCAAAUGAACAUUCAGCAUGCGCUGCCAGACUUGCAGCAGGUUUAUGUGCUGACCUUGCUUCAGCAAUUUACUCUGGACGCGUCAAAAAUGGUUUUGCUAUGGUUCGCCCUCCUGGCCACCAUGCUGGUGUGAAACAGGCCAUGGGUUUCUGUCUCCACAACAAUGCAGCAAUUGCUGCAUCAGCUGCUGAAGCCGCUGGUGCAAAGAAGGUGUUAAUAGUUGAUUGGGAUGUUCAUCAUGGGAAUGGCACACAAGAAAUAUUUGAGAGAAGCAAAUCGGUUUUGUAUAUAUCAUUGCACAGACAUGAGGGUGGAAGGUUCUAUCCUGGUACAGGAGCUGCAAAUGAGGUUGGUUCUAUGGGUGCAGAAGGAUACUGUGUGAAUAUUCCUUGGAGCCGCGAGGGAGUGAGUGACAAUGAUUACAUUUUUGCAUUUGAGCAAGUCGUGCUUCCCAUAGCUUUGGACUUUAAUCCAGACUUUACUAUCAUUUCAGCAGGAUUUGAUGCUGCUAGAGGUGAUCCCCUUGGCUGCUGUGACGUAACUCCUGCUGGUUAUGCAUCAAUGACCCAAAUGUUGAGUGCAUUGUCAAGUGGAAAAUUGCUUGUUAUUCUUGAAGGCGGCUACAAUCUUCGCUCAAUUUCAUCAUCAGCUACUGCAGUGAUUAAGGUUUUGGUUGGUGAAAGUCCUGUGAUUGACACAGACGAUACUGUACCUUCCAAAGCUGGAUUACGAAGUGUUUUGGAGGUUCUACAGAUUCAGAUGAAAUUCUGGCCUACACUGGAGACAAACUUCAGUGAAUUGCAUUCGAAGUGGGGAUCCUAUGUUUUUCAGGAUACAAAAAAACAGAGUAAAAAGAGACGCAGGACUGGUUUACCAGUAUGGUGGAGAAUGGGACGAAAGCGGUUGUUAUAUCACAUAUGGGCCAAGCAGCUGCGUGCAAAAUCCUUUUGUGAUUAUUCUUUUGGAUGUUGAUUCUCCUUGUAAACUACAGGCAUUAGGUGUAGACAGUGCUGCUGUUUUGUAACCCAGGUUUACCAUUUCUUUUUCUUGUUUUGAAUUGUGUACCAAUACCUAAAAAUAGCUUCCUGGACGUAGUCGGAUAGUAGUUGCCUUAUGCAGUGUUCUAAUUUUAAUACUGCCUAGUUCCCAGUC